GCUCAGUUAAUCCUGCUGUCAGUUGGCGUUAAAGCAACGAUCUAAGCGCUGGAUUCCAGGAGAAAGAGACACACGGCAGUAUAGAAGGAAGUGAGGACCGAAAGGGGAGAGAGGAAAAGGAAAAAGAAAGGAAGGAAGGAAAAAAUCCAGAAGGGGGGAACUACCAAAUCUAUGCUUGGACCUGGGCUUCUUUCUCGCCAAUGCAAAAGGGAAUAUGCAGCACAUUUUUGCCUUCUUCUGCACCAGUUUCCUAGGGGCAGUGUUGGGGGUCAAUUUCCCCAGCAACAUCCAGAUAGGGGGAUUAUUUCCUACUCAACAAUCCCAGGAACAUGCCGCUUUUAUGUUUGCACUGUCUCAGUUCACAGAGCCCCCCAAGCUGGCUCCUCAGAUUGACAUUGUGAAUAUUAGUGACAGCUUUGAAAUGACCUACACCUUCUGUUCACAGUUUUCCAAGGGUGUCUACGCUAUCUUUGGCUUUUAUGAGAGGAGGACUGUCAACAUGCUCACAUCCUUCUGUGGGGCACUCCACGUCUGCUUUGUAACACCCAGCUUCCCUGUCGACACAUCCAAUCAAUUUGUUCUUCAGCUGCGCCCAGAACUGCAGGAUGCCCUCAUCAGUGUUAUAGAAUAUUACAAGUGCCAGAAAUUUAUGUAUAUUUAUGACGCUGACCGGGGUUUAUCAGUACUUCAGAAAGUGUUGGAUACAGCUGCAGAAAAAAACUGGCAGGUGACAGCUGUCAAUAUAAUGACAACAACGGAAGAAGAGUACAAGUCACUCUUCCAGAACCUGGAGAAGAAGAAGGAGCGGGUGGUGGUAGUGGACUGUGAAUCAGAGCGACUCAACGCUAUCUUGGGCAAGAUCAUCAAGCUUGGAAAAAAUGGGAUAGGCUACCACUAUAUUCUAGCAACUCUGGGCUUCAUGGAUAUCGACUUAGGGAAAUUCAAGGAAAGUGGUGCAAAUGUGACUGGAUUCCAGUUGGUGAAUUACACAGACACCAUCCCAGCCAGGAUCAUGCAACAGUGGAAGAGCAAUGACGCCAGGGAACAACCUCGUGUUGACUGGAAGAGGCCAAAGUACACAUCUGCUCUUACGUAUGAUGGAGUUCGAGUAAUGGCAGAAGCUUUUCAGAGUCUCAGGAAACAGCGGAUUGACAUCUCUCGCCGUGGGAAUGCAGGGGACUGCCUAGCAAAUCCAGCUGUCCCUUGGGGACAAGGGAUUGACAUCCAGAGAGCUCUGCAACAGGUGCGCUUUGAAGGACUGACUGGUAACGUCCAGUUUAAUGAGAAAGGACAUCGGACCAAUUACACCCUUCAUGUGAUUGAAAUGAAACAUGAUGGGAUCAGAAAGAUUGGCUAUUGGAAUGAAGAUGAAAAACUUGUCCCAACAGCCGUAGAUCAACCAGGAGCAAAUGAAACCACAACUCUACAGGAUAGGGUCUACAUUGUUACAACUAUUCUAGAAUCCCCCUAUGUGAUGGAAAAGAAGACCAAUGAGCCAUUGCAAGGAAAUUCGAGGUAUGAAGGUUAUUGCGUAGAGUUAGCAGCUGAGAUCGCAAAACACGUUGGCUACAACUACAGCUUGCAGGUUGUCGCUGAUCGGAAGUAUGGAGCGCGAGAUCCUGAGACUAAAAUGUGGAAUGGCAUGGUCGGGGAGCUAGUAUAUGGAAAAGCUGAUGUGGCUGUCGCACCACUGACCAUCACUCUAGUGCGAGAGGAAGUUAUAGACUUUUCCAAGCCAUUUAUGAGCCUGGGCAUAUCUAUCAUGAUUAAAAAACCACAAAAGUCCAAGCCUGGAGUCUUUUCCUUUCUGGAUCCCUUAGCUUAUGAGAUUUGGAUGUGUAUAGUUUUUGCCUACAUUGGAGUAAGCGUCGUCCUCUUUCUGGUCAGUCGCUUCAGUCCUUAUGAAUGGCAUAACGAGGAGGUUGAGGAAGGCCGGGACCAGCCAGCCAACGACCAAACAAAUGAAUUUGGAAUAUUUAACAGUCUCUGGUUUUCCUUGGGAGCUUUUAUGCAACAAGGAUGUGACAUAUCUCCAAGAUCUCUGUCUGGGCGUAUAGUUGGUGGGGUCUGGUGGUUUUUCACCUUGAUCAUCAUCUCUUCUUACACAGCCAAUCUAGCUGCGUUCUUGACAGUAGAGAGGAUGGUGUCUCCCAUAGAGAGUGCAGAAGACUUGGCCAAGCAAACAGAGAUUGCUUAUGGGACUCUGGAUGCUGGGUCUACUAAAGAAUUCUUUAGGAGAUCUAAAAUAGCGGUUUUUGAGAAGAUGUGGACGUACAUGAAGUCAGCUGAGCCCUCUGUUUUCGUGCCGACAACAGAAGAGGGGAUGAAGCGUGUGAGGAGAUCCAAAGGGAAGUAUGCCUACCUGCUAGAGUCUACCAUGAAUGAGUACAUUGAGCAGAGAAAGCCAUGUGACACCAUGAAGGUGGGAGGUAACUUGGAUUCCAAAGGCUAUGGCAUUGCAACGCCAAAAGGUUCACCACUGAGAGGUCCCGUAAACCUAGCGGUUUUGAAACUCAGUGAGCAAGGCGUCUUAGACAAGCUGAAAAGCAAAUGGUGGUACGAUAAAGGGGAGUGUGGAAGCAAAGACUCCGGAAGUAAGGACAAAACAAGUGCUUUGAGUCUCAGCAACGUAGCCGGUGUUUUCUACAUCCUCAUCGGUGGGCUUGGACUAGCCAUGCUGGUUGCCUUAAUCGAGUUUUGUUACAAGUCCAGAAGUGAAUCAAAACGGAUGAAGGGUUUUUGUUUGAUCCCACAGCAAUCAAUCAAUGAAGCCAUACGAACAUCAACCCUUCCCAGAGCAUCUGCAGCAGGAACCAGCAGUGGAGAAAACGGACGGGUGGUGAGCCACGAUUUCCCCCAAACUAUGCAGGAGAUUCCAUGCAUGGGUCACAGCUCUGGGACACCCCUGGGAGCGACGGGAUUAUAAUUACCCUUGAUGGAUAUUCUGGGUGAGAGCAGGGUCUCCCUAACCCCAGCCUCUCCAGUGCAAAAAAACCAAACCGUUCAAGAAGAGGGACAAUGCACUGGAUCUUUUAGAGGAAACCAGAUUCAUUUUCCUUUGUUUUUGUUUGUUU